AUGGAAGUGAUUGCUUCAGUGAUAAAUACAGCUAGUGCUUCACUCUUGGAUGGAAUGACACUCAAUGGAGUGAGUCAACGAAACGGGAUACGAAACUCUCAAAAUCGUACGCUGGAUUUGGUUUUCUCGGAUGAUUCUAUUUUGAUUAGCCCCAUAAUCGAAGUCAGCGAUGUCGUUGUCCCUAUAGAAGGGUACCACCCUCCUUUGGAGUUCGAAAUUUCAUUCCCGUGUCCCAUCGAUUUUGUUGAGAAUUUCGAUGCAUCAGCUCGUGACUUCAAUCGUGCGGAUUUUGAUACCAUGAACCGUAUUCUGUCUGGAGUUGACUGGUCUAACAUUCGAAGUUGUACUGACGUAGAUGUGGCUGUUGAUACAUUGAGAGCAAUUCUGGAUGACGCUUUUGAGAAUACCGUUCCCCUGGUGCGACCUCCUCUCCGACCCCCUUGGACUAAUGCUAACUUGAAGCGGCUGAAAAAAAUACGUUCGAAAUUGCUGCGGAAGUUUAGCAACUCCAGAUGUCCAUUCGUCAAAAGCAAGUUGAACGCUGCGACUAAGCAAUACCGAAUAUACAAUCGAAUUUGCUAUCGCCGUUAUGUGGAUCGCACUCAGAGUGGAGUUCUGGAAAUUUGUGAACUCCAAACGGAAGGAGUCCGGGCUUCCAGCUACACUCCAAUUGAACAACCUGUUGUUUCAGAUAAGUCGCCAUCUGCCAGUCAAUCGAAUGCUGCCGUAACACGACUACCUGUCGAUGUGCUCGAUCUGGAUGUUUUUGCUGUUAGCGAGGAAAUGGUUUCAGAAGCUAUCAUUAAUUUGAAAAAUUCGACUUCAGCCGGACAGGACGGAAUACCGGCAGGUGUCACAUCGCUAGCUGCCUGCUCGAAGGUAUUUGAGAAGAUCGUCAACAAUGUCAUGUUUUCAGCUUGCCGGAACUGGAUCUCUGAGAACCAGCAUGGAUUUGUUCCUAAACGCUCGGUAACUUCAAACCUGAUGGUUUUCACAUCCUUCUGCAUAUCAAAUAUGGAUGACGGCAAACAAAUCGAUGCGAUAUAUACCGAUAUUUCGGCGGCAUUUGAUUCUGUAAUCCACGAUAUUCUGCUGAAAAAACUGCAUCGAUUGGGGUUUUCCGAACGAAUGUGCGCGUGGAUUAGAAGCUACCUAACGGAUCGUCGAUUGGCUGUUAAAAUUGGUUCUGACUUAAUUCCAAAGUCCGGGGUACCCCAAGGCAGCAAUUUGGGUCCUUUACUGUUUACGCUGUUCUGUAAUGACAUCAAUUUGUUGCUCACUGGGUGUGGAGUUUUGCUGUAUGCGGAUGACUUAAAAAUAUUCCUAGUCAUAAACAGUCAAUCUGACUGCCUCGAGUUGCAACGCUUCUUAGACACAGUUGUGAACUGGUGCGCUAUCAAUUUACUUGUUUUGAGUGUUGCGAAAUGCUGUAUUAUCACAUUUGGGCGCAGGAAAAAUCCCUUUGUGUAUGAUUACAAUGUUAUGGGCGAGCAGUUGCAUCGUGUUGAGGAGAUUAAGGAUCUUGGCGUUUUGUUGGACAGUCAAAUGACUUUUAAGCGGCAUUACUCUAAGGUACUCGAGAAGGCUAACCGUAUGCUGGGAUUUAUCAUACGUCUGAGCAAAGAAUUCACAGAUCCGGUCUGCUUGCGAGCUCUGUAUUGCUGUCUGGUGCGAUCAAUACUGGAAUCCGCGAAUCUUGUAUGGUGGCCUUUUGAAGCCGCAUGGACAGCACGUUUUGAAGCAAUUCAACGUCGGUUCGUACGUUACGCUCUUCGAGAGCUACCCUGGGAGAAUCCUUUGAAUUUACCGCCAUACGCACAACGUUGUGCCCUGCUUGGACUUCAUACGCUGUCGGAUCGUCGUUCCAUCGGUCAAUCGCUGUAUCUGAUGUCUUCUGGCAUGAACGCGGAUAACAGCGAAGGUGAAACCACACCAAAGCUUGCGCACCGACGCCCUUGGCUGCAAAACACGGAGCAGGUAAUGCUGGAGAUUACUUCCGGAAGCACCCGAGCUGGUUGGCUAGAGGG